UCACUGCUCCUGCCCGCUCCUUCCCUCCUGUCUGCAGAAGUUGGUCCCAGAGCUGACGAGAUGAAAACCGACCUGGAGCUCGCCUUGGAAUGCGUCAUCAACAUCUACCACCAGUACGCUAUCAAGAACCCCCUGGAUGACUACCUGAGCAAGAAUGAGUUCUCUGAGCUGCUGAAGAAGAGUGCCCAACCAUUCCUCCACAACACCCUCCCAGCUAACACCUCUGUAGAUGACUACAUCAGCAAGCUCUUCACCAAAGCUGAUGGCAACCACGACGGGCGCCUGAAGUUCACUGAGUUCCUGACCACCCUGAAUCUCGUAGUCAUUGAGGCUCACAAGAGGUCCCACCAAGGCCAUGACCAUGGGCACGGCCAGGACCACAGUCAUGACCAUGACCACGACCACGGCCACUGAAAGUGAAGUGAUUCCCAGGGUGAUUGUGCUCUCCCAGCAGUGUCACCCUUUGUCUCCAAGCACAAACUUGUAGCUAAAGCUUUGUCACCUCCUUGUGCUGGUA